UCGUUCCCCAUAUUUGUGGCUUUAUGUACAAUUACACGAGGCAGCUUUUUUCGUUUUCCUCAUUGUGAUAGGUUAAUUCCUAGUCUCUGAGAGUCUACAGGCUCUAAUGCACUUAGCUCUAUCCAUAAUGAUGACAUCGUUGGUGCUGAUGUUCUGGCUUACCUAUGCAUCAGGAUAUGUUUGUCAUUUUGAUCCACAUUGCACUUGUUCCAUGUCCUCCUCCGUGCAGCACUUAGGUAAUGUCGAGUGCAAGGAUGGUCCUUCGUAUCUUCCAAGCUUCAACACUUCAAAGCUGGUCACCCUUUCGCUGGUCAACAACGACAUGCACAAUUUACCCCCCAAUCAGCUGCUUAGAACUGGUUUGUAUAAAUUGGAGAUUUCAAAAAAUCCUAUUUAUUAUCUCCAUGAAGAGUCUUUAACAGGGCUUGAGAGGUCACUAUGGGAAAUCCACAUAACAGAUUGUAAAUUAUCUAAUAUUCCUGCCAAUGCUCUGCGGCACUUAAACAAAUUGAAGAUCCUUAAUCUAACAGGAAAUGACAUAUCUACAAUAACAUCCGAACAGUUGAAAGGUGUAGCCAACUCUCUCAACAAGCUCAUUCUAGCGGACAAUCACAUUUCAGUUCUUCCUCAUGGUGUUUUUUCAAGCCUAAAUCAGUUAGAAGUGCUGGACAUACAUGGGAAUUCAAUUGUAUCUCUCGAACCCGGCGUGUUCACACCACCUCCAGCCAAGCUCAAGAUUUUAGAUUUAUCUGACAAUCUGAUCGACAGCAUGUCCUACAAGCAGCUCGCCAAUAUCAAAAUGUUACAUACUUUGAACUUGAAUAGUAACAAGAUCUCUACGCUUUAUGAUGCUUCCACAAAUGUCAAACUUGUGCUGGACAAACUGUUUUUAGAGUAUAACGAUAUUGAGGAGCUUAUUUCAAUGUCAAUGACCAAUUUUGAUGUGGCUAACAUUACUUCUUUCAAAGGAAAUCCAUUGGUCAAUAUUCAGCCGAAUGCAUUUCAAGGCUGCCGAAUUACUGAGUUAAAUUUGUCCAACUGUAAAUUAAGGCAAAUAGAUCCAGAGUCAUUUAACGGACUUGAAAACACAUUACAGUCUUUAGACUUAACAGGCAACAAUAUUUCUACAUUUAGUUUUCCCUUACUUUUAAAAUAUGAAAAUUUGAGGUUGCUGAAUUUAGACUACAAUAACAUCAAAAAUCUCCUUUGGAUGAAUCAUCCAGAAGAGAUGGAACAAGAGGUCCAACUGACAGAACUGUCUUUGACUGGAAAAACAAAUAGUCCUUUUGUAUGGAGUAAAUUACCAAAGAUGGUCCAUCUUCAGUCAUUGGCUGUCUCGAGAAUAGAGCAACCACAUAUAAAUCCAAAGGACUUUCAGCAAUUUUCUGUUGAACUGGAGACACUUAAAAUCAACGAUGGUAAUCUGAAAUCCCUCAAUCGACAUAUGUUUCAGAUGGUACGAGGAAUUAAAACUCUUGACUUGACGGACAACACGAUAGAAAAAAUUGAUGCAAAAAGUUUAAUAGAGAUUUCACAUUCAUUGGAACAUCUCAUAUUAACGCAUUCUCUAGACAAAAAAAUCAGAACUUUUCCAAAAGGUUUCUUUAAACAUUUAAACACACUGCAGGUGCUAAAAAUCAAUCAUAACUUUCUUCAAAAAAUUCCUUCAGACAUACAGUUUCUUUCAAAUCUUGAAAUUUUCCAUGCACAAGACAACAAUCUAGAUGGCAUCCCAAAAGGAAGUUUUAAGGCAAGGAAUCAUAAAUUCCUGCAUGAAAUUGAUCUCUCAUUCAAUAAGAUUACAAAAAUCUCUUCGAAAACAUUUGCUGAUCUUAUUGAGUUGACCGAAAUCAAUCUAUCUGACAACAGAAUUGUCACCAUUGAGCACGGGUCAUUUGUAAACUUGGAAAAACUCACACACCUCUGGCUCCGUGGAAAUAAAAUACAAUAUCUGAAUUCUGAGCUUUUUCAAAAUCUACCUGCCCUUUCUGUUCUCGAUCUGGCAUACAAUUCUCUGGUCGAUUUCAACUUUGCUUGUCUUGAUCAGGUGGGAAUGCUGUCUUCACUGAACGUUAAUGUUAGUCAUAAUUCAAUGAAUGCAUUAAAAGGGAAUUCAACUGAUUCUUCAAUUUCCAUUUAUAUAAAAAUUGUAGAUUUUUCCCAUAACAAUAUAUCAAGUGUGGACAAGACUUAUUUUAUGCCAGUGCAGCACAGCUUGACUAAACUUUUUAUGUCUGACAAUGCGAUGAUAAAUGCUACGAGGGAUUUAUUUCCUGAAAUGUUACAGUUGCAACUUUUGGACAUGAGUUUCAACCAAAUGAAUGAAAUUGAAUUUGACGCUCUCAGAAGUCUUAAGCAACUCCAGAUCAUUGAUUUAUCUCACAACAACCUUACGUCAAUUCCAAUAGGACUUUUCCAAUCUUUGAAUUCAGUAAGGCACAUUGAUCUUUCUUCCAAUCACAUUCUUCAACUCUUUGACUCGAUCAUUUCUCCUGCGUCACUUAUUAGUGCUGAUCUGUCGGAUAAUUCACUUCUUCGUGUACCACUCACAGCAUUCUCACCAUCAGCAGCGAUGAACGUCUUGGAACUCUCUUUUAGAAAUAACAAAAUUACUAAUUUGCCUUCUUCUGAAAGCUUUUCAAGGUUUACAAAAUUAAGAUCAUUGGAUGUUUCAUCAAACAGGAUAACAGAUAUGGGAAGUGCUUUUAAUUUACUUCCAAGCCUCACAGAUUUGAAGAUUGGCAAUAAUUUCCUUCAUAUCGGCAACAGAGAUUUUGUUGGAUUGGAAAAUACUCUUGAACACUUGGAUAUUUCAAAUAUUUCUAUCAGUUAUGUACCACCUAUGCCACUGCCAUCUCUUCGUACGUUGAAGAUGGAUGACAACUUCAUUACGUAUAUUCCAAUGUAUUUACAAUCAAAUUUGACAAGUUUAAAACAUUUGGACGUCUCGUACAACGCUCUUCAAUCGCUACCUGAUGUUCCUCAGUUGAAUAUUUUGAACAUAGCUGGAAAUCCGAUUUCCUCAAUAAACAAUACGAGUUUUGUUGAUUUUCCACACCUUGUCGAACUCGACAUACGUGGCCUUCCUCUUCACGAAUUUGCUAUUGAAGGGUUAGUUCCAUUACAGGAUCUGGAGACACUGCACAUAAGCAAUUAUAAGAAGCUUCAAAAUUUUAAUGUACCUACAUACAUUAAAGACAUGGAAGCUUUGCGAACACUCCACUUUGAGGUCACUGGUGCAUCGCAAAUAGGAACUGAGUUAAAUGGGCUUCUCUCAGAGAGGAUAAAUAAUCUUAUAAUAACUGGACACGAACUCAAAUCUCUGCCUGAUAAUUUACUCCAUGGAGUGCAAAGUCCAGUUUUCAAGCUGACUCUGAGAAAUACAAGCGUUGAAAACAUUCAGGCAAAAGUUUUUUCUAAAAAUUUGCGCAGCUUGGUUUUGGAUGUGGAGGAAAACUAUCUGACUGCGUUGGGCAACCCAUCUAAUGUAGAUGGUCCAAACAGACCCCAUUCAACUUACCUCACAGAACUUUACUUAAGUGGAAAUAAGUGGAAUUGUGAUUGCAAACUCGGUUGGAUUGAGACCUGGCAGAGGAAAAGGAGACAGUAUGGCUCUCACGAUUAUACCAUUGAUGAUGUCCGUGAAGCCCAGUGUAAAAACAAACAGAAUAAAUCUAUGCUUUUCAUCCUGAAAUCGGAGCUAGAAUGUGGAUGGAGUGAUGGAAAUACUCUGGAAUCCAAUUUUAUUUUGAUCACUCUAUUACUAUGUCUCAAAUUAACAUAUACAUCAGCAUCUUGAAUCUUGCCUCAAACAUAAAAUUGUAUUUACCUGGUUCAAACAGGUUUUGGGAUUUGAACCAGGCUCUUUAUUGUUGGUUAUUACCAUUCCUCUAAAUUUGUGUCUCAAGUGCAAGAAUUAACAAUAUUUGACAUAAAAAUUGAUACAUAAUUUAUCAGAUAACAGGAAUUUACAUAAAAUCGGUUUUAUUUACAAUUUUUUCCCAGGAGCAGCAGCCAAAAUAAAAACCGAUUUUUAAAUACAAUUCAAAUGUUCUACAUCUAGGUUAAAUCAAAAUUUAAAUUCCAAUAAUUUUUUUGCCCAAUCUGCUUUCAAAAUUAAUU